UGGCGUAAAGUCUAGUAUUGAGUAGUAUUGACAUUCGAAUCAUCUGUUCUCAUAAAUUGUUGUAUAUUUUGUACAUAAAAUUAAUUUAUUUGUGAAUUAUUUAUUUAAUGUGUGUAUGUAUGGUAAUAUAAUUUACUCAUUUUUGUGAGCGCCUGAGAAAUGUCUGAAAGUUUGUUUUUUAUUCGUCGUGACGUCAUUGUUUUCGAUUGCCAGUAAACGACGCAAUUGCAUUUUACAUGAAAAUGGAUUUAAAAUGAGUAUUGUUUUCGUAAAUAAGAAGAGUAUAGUACAAGAUGUCAGCGGAGUCGCCGCGACACAUACGGUCAGGGGGUCCUUUGGUUGUACCUCCGCGACCACCCAGUGAUCGCAGCAUUAUUGAUGCGGUCUCUGGUUUCAUUAAUGACGUCACUCUCUCCUCCUCCUCAAACAUUGACCCUAAGGAUGUUAUACAAUGGGCUCGUUUCGAAACUGCCGACAUCAAUGAGCCAACACCAGAAGGCGAAAGUGAUUCUGACACAUCACCCCUACUUCUGAUCCUGGGCUAUGGCUCUGGGGUUCAGGUUUGGUUGAUACCCCCCACGGGUGACGCUCAGGAGGUACUGUCGUGGCGACAAGGCACAGUGAGGGUGCUCCGUAUACUGCCCACUCCGCAGCACGGCGACUGCUUUGCAUCGAAGAGGCCCCUCAUCGCUUUGUGUGACUCUGCUGGCCCAGGACCUAGUUUUUGUGCGCUCAGCUUCAUCUCCAUCAGAGGCGGCGAACAGGUUAAGAGAAUAAACUUCAAGAAUCCAAUAUUGGACGUGUUGGCCAACAAGCGUUCAGUGGUGAUAUCAUUUUCUGAACGUUUUGCCGUGUUCGACGCUGGGACCCUGGAGGACAGGAUGUCCGUGACCACGUGCUACCCUUGUCCGUGCCCGCUCGGCGGAAGCGCGCCCAUAAACCCUUUAACGCUUGGAGAUCGCUGGCUGGCUUACGCUGAUAAGAAGCUCAAUCAGUCAAAGAGGAGCAGCGGUGGAUGCGAAGCAGAGGGCGUAAGCAGUUACACAGCGACCGUGCUCCACGCGGCCAAGUCCCUCAGCAAGGGACUGCGCGGUCUCGGCGAGAGCGUCGCCCACAGUCUGGCCGGCGGACGCAGCACCUCGCAGUCUCCGUCGCCGCCUAAUACUGACAUUCAGCAGCCCGGGGUCGUCACCGUUUUAGAUAUCGAGGGCUUCAACGUAGAGGAAGGUCAGGACAACGACGAGCAGUGCGACCCUAUAGUGGCCCACUUCGUCGCUCACUCGGAAGCGAUAAUAGCGCUGAAGUUCGACGCGAGCGGCAUGCUGCUGGUGACCGCGGACCGGCGCGGACACGACUUCCACGUGUUCCGGAUCAACCCGCACCCGUGCGGGCCCAGCCUCGCCUCCGUGCACCACCUCUACAUACUGCACAGGGGCGACACCACGGCGAAGGUCCAGGACAUUGCGAUAUCGCCGGACUCGCGGUGGACGGCCAUAUCGACGCUGCGCGGCACGACGCACGUGUUCGCGGUGAGCCCGUACGGCGGCGCGUGCGGCGUGCGCACCCACACGCAGCCGCGCGUCGUCAACCGACUGUCGCGCUUCCAUCGCUCCGCCGGCCUGCCCAUCCACGCCGCCGCCACGGCCAGACGCAGCCCUGUGGGGGAGAGCGUGCCGGCGGGCGCGUGGUUCCCGAACCCGCGCGUGCCCCCGUACCCGCAGCCCUGCACCGCCGCGCCGCUUGCGCAGCUCCGCCCCACCAACCUGCCCACUCACACCCUCACCAGGACCAGCUCGGGGCGACAGCGUUUAUCGUCGGUGUCGGAGGACAGCGUCAGGGCUCCCCUGCUGGCCCGCGCCCGGUUCGGCCCCGUGGUGGCGGGGGGCGCGACCUGUCCCGGCGUCAGCGGACGUCGGGGGUCGCCGGUAGCCGCCCUGUACCUGGUGGCCGCCGACGGAUCGCUGUUGCAUCUCUUGCUGCACCCCAAGCCCCACUCUAGUAUCCCUAAGGAGAAGAUCUGUGACGAGUCGGCGGUGGAGCUGGAGGUGGAGGCGGUGUCGCAGUGGCGGCUGCAGCGGCCCCCCGCGGCCCCCGACCUGUUGGCUCCCCUCCCGCCCUCCAACCCGCUGCUGCAGCCGCUCUCCUGCAGGAGAUGCGCGGACGCCUGUAUGAGCGAGGAGGAGCGCUGGUUGUCCCAGGUGGAGAUAGUGACCCACGCCGGGCCCCACCGCCGGCUGUGGAUGGGACCACAGUUCGUCUUCAAAACGUACAACUUUACCGGGUCAAACUCCUCGUUGUCGGAAGCGGAGACGGUGGAGGUGGAGAGUGGAGUGGCUCGCUCGACGCCGGUGAACAUGCCGGGCGUCAGGCCCCUCGUGCCGGUGCUCGUCGACUCCGGCUCUGCAAGUUCGCUGGAGCACUCGCCCUCGGACAGCUUCCGUCGGCGCUCGCUGCUGGCGGAGAGCGGGCGCGCGCCCUCGCUGUGCGACGUGCAGCUGCGCGAGGACCUCGCCGAGGCCAUGAAGGAGGACCACGGGUGGGUUCGGUCGGAGCGGCGGCUGGAAACGGAGGAGGAGGAGGGACGGGGCGCGGGGGUGCAGCUCACCGUGGACCCGCUGGGGUGCGUGGUGCGGCGCGCGGCCGAGCCUGCAGCCGCCGCGGUCCGCGAGGUCGUCGACCCCGACCUGCACACGGCGCCCAACAGCGACGAGGCUCGGUUCCGCCCCGUGGCCCCCGCUGCUCUGGCGCACCCGCUGCGGGACGACCUCGUCGUGCGGCCCCUCCCCCGUACCACCACCAUCCCCGUGCAGACGCUCUCUGCCGACGACGGUCUGCAGCGCUUCCCCGCAGACUUCUUCUACGACUCCUUCGCUCCUUACAUAGAAGCGAGAGAGACUCAUCAACGUGAAAGUGUGAAUGUGAUCGAGCGCGAGCUUUGCGGCGUUUUCCCACCGGACCGCCCGCUGACUGAUAUGACUCCCACCCCCGAUAGUAAAGCUAGUGACAUUAGUUUUAAGAGCAGUGACGCGAAUGAAUAUAAAGGAUUCGUAGAAGUAGGAAACUACGUUGGAACCCGGGUAGAGAAAAUAAAGAAAACAAAACCGGUUCCAACUGAACCUUCUGUAGAAACGAAACGAAGUGCAAAAUUUGAACAGGAAGAUUUUAACGAAAUUGAAAAUGUGAAUUUAAAGAAACCAGUAGAAAAGAAUAUUCAUAAAGUACAGCAUGCGAAGAAGAAGCCUGAUAAACAAGCGGAGAAAAAUAUUCCGGAAAAACAAGUUGAGAAACGUAUUUCUGAGAAACAAGCUGAGCGCGAUGUCUAUGAAAAACACGAUCAAUUAUAUGUCUCCGAGAGAGAAGUUGAGAAAAGGAAAUCUGAAGCGCAGCCCGAGGAGAGUAUAGGUGAGAGGCAAGAAGAGAAUGCUAUCUCUGGGAGACAGACCGAAAAUAAUACUGUAAAGCAAACCGAUAAAAUUGUUUCUGAGAAACCUGCCGAGAAGAGUAUAUUAGACAAAAGGGAAAAGGCGCGUUCGAAGAAAUCAUCGCCGAGACUAUCAAAAGAGAUUGCAGGUGUUUCUGAGAAGGUGCCAAGCGAAUCUGUUGAAACUAAAAAAGACGUCAAACAAGUCGUCAAAGACGAUUCAGUUCCUGGCGACGUCGAAGAGACCGUUACGGUUACUGUUAGUAACAAAUCGAAAUCCCAGAAAACAUCCAUUUCUAAAUCAGAGAAUGAAGUGAAAGAUAACACGAAAACUGCCGAUGAAGAUUAUAUGUUAACAGAAUUUCCACCAUUAGGUGCUGUUGCACCACCUACAAUAGAAAUGGACCUGAAAUAUGCUACACAAGACUAUCAAGAUGAUGUAAAGAAUGAAGACCAAGCUUGGGAUAUGCUGCUAACCGAAAACAAUCAGCCCAUAGCUACAGUUAAUCAAAUAGUAGAGGUAGACGAACCAAAACCAAAAUCAAAAAAGAAAAGUAAACAGAAAAAGCAGUUGGACGAAGCGCAAAGUAAAUCUGAAGAUGACAGUUUCGUCGAAAUACACGCUAUUGAAGAAAAACAGCAGCUGUCUACUGAGCUUGUGUCGAUUUCGACACCUUUCGAAGAUCUAGAAACGACUGGUACAUACGUUAGCGAACGUUCUAAAUCUAAAAAGUCACGAUCACCUAAAAGCCUGACGCCCGAAAGGAAAAGUCAGAGUAAAGAAAAAAUAGAAAAUGUUCAUACAGAAGUAGAGACACAAUCGCUCAGUAGAGACUGUAAACAAUUUGACGAUACAUCAGAUAUAGAGGUGAUACCUGAAUUCACAAUUAAAGCGGAACAAAAAACACCGGUAAAGUUAGAAAACAAUCUCAAAGUUUCCCAUACCGAUGAAAACGUAUUUGUGCCCACACGAAAAGAAAAUGCGACCUCUAAACAGAAGAAAAACAAGUCGCUGUCGCCAUAUACUGAACGUCGUAAAUCUACAGAGAAAUUUACCGAAACAGAAGUUAAAGACGUGUACGUUAUUGAUUCAACACAAGAAGAAUUCCCAGAGAUUCAAAUAACCAGAGGAAACAAAUCUCGCAAAAAGUCUCCCCAACCGGUCGAGUUCAAAAAUCAAGAGUCCGACUUCAAUUUUGAGAGACCUGUAAAAUCGUGGAGCUCCAUAGCUGCUGCGAAGAACACGAAAUCCGAGGAAAAGGAAAACAAACCGAUUUCACAAAUCCAACAACCCAAUGACGAAAGCAACUUUGCCAGCACCAGUGUUUCAUUACAAGACAAACUCAUAGAACUCUGCAAAAGAACAGAUAUUAUGGUUGCCGAGUGCGAUGAGCCGUCUGAACUUAAUUUCGUGGAUGAACAUCAUUCAGUGAACCGCGACCUGCCUCGUCUAGAAUCACUAGAGUUUGCGCUAGACGACUUCAAGCUCGAAGUGAUGCGAGACAGUCUCAUAGAAGGCGACGCGGACAGCCCCUUGUGUCAGAUUAAUAUCGAUAGCAUUCUGUCAAACAUGAAAGAAACAUGUGCAUUCAAUUUAAUCGAUUUAGAAAAAGUACCUCCGACGCAAGAGAAAGGUUUCAGUUUCGUCGAGAACGAUAAAAUAACUACACAGGAAGUGAAGAUUGACGAUGAGCCUAAAUCAGACAAGGCCGAACCGAUGGAGAAGUCUUCAGAUGAUGAUAACUGUUCGCCGGCUCUCUCGAUGGACAGCGAUAAAGAUGAGAAAAAAUCAGGUUCUUCGAGUGCUGCAACUCUUCUAACCAAACAAGUAUCGAAAUCUAAGAAAUCGCAUAAGAAGAAAAAGUAACAAUGUGUUCAAAAUAAUAUUCAAUUUCUUUUUUUCUUAUAUAUAUUUUUUUAUAAUAUCCGACAUGUUGUGUUGCUGUUUUAGUAGUUAAUAAGUAAAACAAUUUGAAUUAGGAAUUAUUGCAAAAGACAAAAAAAAAACUAAAAAAUAUAAUACAUAAAUUGUAUUUGCCAUUAAUGAUGAAAAUCAGUUUCAUUAAGAUAAAAUGACUUAACUAUUGUUAUUUUAAACAACAAACAAAAAAAAACUAGAAAAUCGUAGUGAAAAUAUUAAAAAAAAAGUAUUAGCCAUAUUCAUUUCUACAGCAAGUUAGCUGUUCUUACAUUAAAAGUAAACAUUAUUAAUUUCUUUUAGUACUUAUUUCUCAGCCGUAGAUUUAAUUUAAAUAAUUUAAGCCUUAGCUGGAAACAGUCUGGUAAUACUAAAUAUGAUUGUACCUGCACUUAACUAUAACACUAUAAUUAAGUACAAUAGUGAAAUGAUAUGAGGCCAGUAUUUUACGAAAAUAUGAAAUAUUGAAAAAUUCUAACAAAACAUUUUUUUUUAAUUUUGCUUAAAGUUUUAUGUUAAGCGGUUUCUGUACUGAUUUAAUAACGUUUGUAAUGAUUGUAACAAAACAAAGAAAACAUAAUUAUUUGUUUACGUUAUUUUAAAAGCAUAAAAUUAACAAUCCAAGUAUUGAAAUGCCAAAUAAGUUCGGUUUACUUAGUCGGAUUAGCCAGUACGUUUUAUUGAGCUAUUCUCGUAAAGGUAUUAUUGAUAUUCUUCUACUUUAUUUAGAAACUAUCUACCGACAGCCAGGUAGAAUUUAUUUUUACGAUGAACUAAAUUGAAAACAAUAAAAAAUAUAACUGCAGGAUAAAAAAACAAUUUAAUUAAUUGAUCAUUGAGUGAAUCAGGUUAUAAUUUAUUUGAACUUUUAUCUAAUUGAAUAAAAAAGAGCAGUUAUUAUUUGAUAAAAUAAUUACUUAUGUUUACAUAAAUUUAUGAAAUCUUGCUUAUUCCAAACGAUUUGUAUGAAAUUAAACAUUCAAAAUAACGUCAAUGCACAAAAAUUUUCUAUAAAAAAUCAUUUCACAUUUAUCAUUGCUAGCGAUUACGAAAAAUAUAUUAAUUAGCUUCCAAUGAAAUUGCAAGUUUUAGUGUUAGUUAUUUGCUUUCAUAUCCUAUCACGAUUCAUAUUGGUCAUGAAAGUCCGCAAUUAGAAGGAAUGUCUAUAAGACGCUUAUCAAUUCUUCGUACCUCAUUUACCUGCCUAUAUCGGUAUACGACCAUCGCAGUACACACCUCAAUAUUACUUUAAUACCUAUUUAAUUUACAAAAAUUUUUAUGGGUAUAUAAUACCUUUUUGUGAUUUUCGAUCAGUGCUUGUUUUGUACUAAUAUGUUUUUAUUUUAUUUUAUUUAUUUUAGGCGUGGGCUUUAUAAGUAUAUUAAAGUAUAUUCCAUACUUAUGGAAGUAUAUAAUAUAUAACGUGGACUUCGUGAGUUGUUGACAUUUGCAGCGUAUACCUGCUCAGAUGCGAGGUAUCAUUUCGCUCUGUUGUAACUUUUCGAAUCAGUCCCUUAUACGUCUUUAUACUGUUCAAUUAAUAUCCUUUAAAUUUAAUUUAUUAAAGUAGCUUUAAAGUUUUGAAACAUGACAAAUAUUUAAUAUAUUUUUUAACUGCAAUUAUUUAACCGUUAUCAUUUCAGUUGUCUUGUUUUCUUUUAUGUCAAUAAAAUGAUUGCGAUGCGUUACAUAUUUUUUGAACAAUUAAUAAAUACAUACCGUAACUAUUAUUUAUUAACACAAAAAAAAGACUAUAUUUAACUCUUUUAAAACUCAAAGCAUAGUUAUAAAUGUUAUAUGCUACUAAACCUUUUCUUUUAUAUUUAACGCAAGCUAUUCAGUUGUAGGUAAUUUAUAUUUCUAGGUCAUGAUUCAAUAUUCAAAUCUCUGACAUUUCGAAUGAACAGGUGCUUUUUAUUUUAAUUUAUUAUCAGAUUUAUGUAAAUUUGUCUUACUUUCUGUCUCUUAUUGACAUAGCAAAACAUUAAAAGUAAAUUGCUAUAAAUAAAGGAAUCAAGGAUUAAACUUAUAAAUAGGACAUUUAGAAAUGAAAUUGUUAAAUGUGUAUACAUAUAUAUUAUGUUAUAUUAUAUAUAUAACAUUAAGAUUUGAUCAACAGACAUCAAUAGAUAUUUUUGUUCCUAUUUAUAAAACAUUAUGAAACCCUAACAUAUUAUUAAUUUUAAAAAUAGGUUCUCAUUUGUUUUUCUUGUGUAUUUAAAAAAUAUGUAAAUAAUAUCUUUUUGAGAUUUUUUUAAGUAGGCUAAUUACUUUGUCUGCUAGUUUUAUUUUAACGUUACUCGAAAUAGUAAUUUAUUUUUAAAACAUGUUAUUUAUGUAAAUUGGCCUCACGUUUAGUUAGUUAAUUUUUUAGCAGCUUUUAAUGAAGGAAACGUAUUGGUGACAGUUAAGUUUGAGAUAACUGUAAAAUAUGAAUAGGUUCAGUUUUAAGGGCACAGUUUUGAAGUUAUCGAUCUUUUCUUUGUAUGUUAUUUAGGUUGUGACUUGGAACCACAUAACAAUGAAAUCUCUUAUUCGUAGUACACACACAUAGUUUAUAUAUGAAAUAUUUUUGUAAUAUUCUAUUUCACAACCACAAUUAUGACAGAAUCAAAUGUUUGUAUUUACUAAGAUUCAGUAGAAGAAACAGGUUCUAAGAAUCGAAUUUCUGUCAUAAUUAAAAUAUUUAAGUAAUGUGUGUUCAAAAAGUUCUCUAUUUCCUUCACGAGUUUCUUAAAUGAAAUACUAUUAGACACCGCUAAUGUUUCUGUGUUAAAAAUAAGAUGAUGCCUUUUAGAAAAAAAGAUUGGCUACUUUUUGUUGUAUUCCUAAGGAGUGUUUAAAAAUUCGUUCAUAGCAUCAGCAUAAUAAAAAUGAAAAUUUAAAAGACCCA